ACUCUAUGACAUGGUCAGCGUCUCACACAAAACACAAUGAAAAAAUAAUUAUAUUCAGUGAAAUUAUAUUAUAUUAUUAUUUAAAUUAUAUUCAGUGAACGAACUACCUAUUACUUUACUCACUCGACGUAUUCGAAUGUUUUGCAAUAAUCACUAAUAAUUAUUAUAAUAUAAUUAUUAUUCGUUAAUGUGAAAAUAACUAUAUAGUCGUAGAUUAGUGUAUUACUGGAUACAAUAAAUUAUAGUCGUUUGACACUCUCAAGUUUGCGGAUGAAUUUAGUAAAGUUUUUAUAAACAAGAAACUUCAAAUUGUUUAAACCUUAAUUGUAUCAAGAACCGGACUUAGUAAUAUAAUCAGCAAUGCAAAAUACAAAGCAAAUUUCGGAACCCAGUCAAUGUGACCAAGCCAAAUAUGAGUAUAAGAAAACGUCGUAUACGGAGAUAUACAAAGUACUACAAACCUUACGCCAAGAUGAGGUUCUUUGUGAUAUAAAAUUAGAAACAGACGAUGGUGGAGUUAUAUUCGGCCAUAAAGUGGUUCUAGCAUCGGCUAGUCCAUAUUUCCUUGCUAUGUUUACGAAUUUUUUAGAAAAGGAUCAAGAUCUAGUUGCUAUCAGGCAGUUGGACUCUAGUGCCCUACACCUCUUAAUAGACUUUAUUUAUUUUGGGAAAAUAUCGAUCACUGAAACAAAUGUACAGAUUUUGUUGCCAGCAUCGAAUCUUUUGCAGUUUCAAGAAGUCAAAAAUGCAUGUUGUGAUUUUCUAGAGGCACAACUAUGUCCAACAAAUGUUAUUGGGAUAAUUGCUUUAGCUGAUUUACAUAGCUGUACAAAAUUGUUAGCAAGUUCAGAAUUAUAUUUUCAACAACACUUUUCGGAUGUGAUAGAAGGAGAAGAAUUUCUGGGCUUGUCAUCGGAACAAGUGGUCAAAUUAAUCUCUAGUGAUGAACUUAUAGCUCCAUCUGAAGAAAAAGUAUGCAAAGUAUUUGAAAGUGUUAUCCGGUGGGUAAAACAUGAUUUGGAUUCCAGAAAACAAAUUUUGCCCCAAUUAAUGGAACAUGUGCGUUUACCAUUAACAUCGAAAGAUUACAUAUUAAAAAAUGUAGUUGAUGAACCUCUUCUUAAUAAUUGUUUUAAAUGCAAAUAUUACGUAUAUGAAGCGUUACAUUUCCAUUUACCUAAGUCAGAAGAACUUAUCACAACUCCACAUAACAUCCCGACUAAACGUAGACAGCCUGGUGGUACACAUAAAAUUAUUUUAGUUGGUGGUGGAAGAGGGAUCAAUAACAAAAUAUUAGAUAGUACAGAAUGGUAUGACCCAAAAAUCAACCAAUGGCAGACUGGACCAAAAAUGAUUGCACCACGUUACGCCGGUGUUCUAGCUGUAGUAAAUGAUAAUUUUGUGUUAUGUUUGGGUGGUAGAAAUUCCGAAUCAACUUUACAAUCAGUUGAUGGGAUAGAUUUAUAUUCAGAUUCACCUCAUUGGAGACCAACCUAUGACAUGUUAAUUAAACGAUGGGCGUUUGCAGUUGGCGUGAUAAAUAAUUAUAUUUAUGUUGUUGGCGGUCAUGAUGGAAAUAGUUUUUUAGACAAUGCAGAAGUUUGUAACUGCAGAACUCGAGAAUGGCAUACAAUAUCUAAUAUGUCUACUAAACGAGCUGGUCAUGGGCUUGGAGUACUGAAUAAUCUUUUAUAUGCGGUAGGAGGUAAUGAUUCAGAGCAAAGAUUAAGCUCCGUCGAAUGUUAUCAUCCCAGUCUUAAUAAAUGGACACCAAUUGCAGACAUGUGUGUACGCCGCAGUGCAGUGGGUGUUGGAGUUUUAGAUAAUGUACUGUAUGCUGUAGGUGGUUGGGAUGGAUAUCAGGUUUGGAGUAGUGUCGAAGCAUACAGUCCAAGUACAGGAGUUUGGACUACUAUUCCAGAAAUGCAUUUGUGUCGAAGUGAUCCAGGUGUAGCUGUACUAGGAGAUUUAUUGUAUGUCAUCGGUGGUCACGACGGAGUUUCUUUUUUAGAUUCUGUAGAAUCUUACAACCCUAAAACUAAUAAAUGGACCAUGAUCACAGCGACAAUGAAUGUUGCUAGGUCAUUUGCAGGAGCUGUAGCCAUUGAUGUUCCACGAUAUUUUAAAACUUGUUAACAUUCAUAUUUUUUUUAAUUCAAUAUAUUACUACUAUCUCAUAUUGUAAA